AGAAAACACAAAAGUAUACAAUAACAAUGCAAACAACUACAAAACCACACCUCCACUCCCUCUCUCACCGUGGCUACAUUCAAGGCCUCACCUUCUCCGCCGCAACUACAAACACCCCUCUCUGCCAUUUCUUCAGCAACCUCCGCUACGGUCUUCCUGCGCAACGAUGGCGCAGAGCAUCUCCCCUUCCGUCUGAUUAUAGUUACGGGACGAAAGAGGAGCCGGGGAAGUGUGAGAAGGGAGCCGGGGUGUGUCCGCAGCCGGCGUUUUUGGGACCCGUGGACAGAAGUGGGUGGAGUGAGGAUUGUUUUCAGGUUAAUGUCUGGGUGCCUGUUGGGGAUGCACCGGAGGGUGGAUGGCCUGUUCUUUUCUACAUCCACGGCGGUUGGCUCCAAUUCGGCUCUCCCAACGGCUUCUCCGGCACAGGCCUCCUAGGCGACUCCCCCGUAAACACCAUUAUCGUCAUGCCGGCCUACCGUCUUAACGUCUUCGGCUUCCUGUACUCCUCGGAACUAGAACACGACGCGGCCUCUGUCGGCGAAACGACAGGAAACCACGGUUUCUGGGACCAGCGACUCGCGCUAGAAUGGACAAGAGACAACAUCGGGCUUUUUGGUGGGAAUAAGGAGAAUAUCACUGUUGCGGGAUAUUCUGCUGGCGCAUACUCAACCUUCCACCAACUAACCUACGACCUCUCCCUCCCAGCUCAACAAUCCAUAAUAAAACGCGCCUGCAUCUGGUCCAACAGCCCCGCCGCCCAACCCAAAUAUCCUCCUGAAGCCCAAUCCCAAUUCAACGCCCUCCUCACAGCCCUCAACAUCCCAAUCAUCCUCCCAGACUCCGAGAAACUAGCCCGUCUCCGCGCCGUCGACCCAGACACGCUGCUUAUCGCGGCAACAUCCACUCAAUUCCACCAAUACCGUCCAACAUCCGACGGUGCGUUUGUCUCGCGGGAUUUGUUCAAGAGCUUAGAAAACGGCAAGUUUGCGCAACGUUUCAAAGAACGCAACAUAAAACUACUCUUGGGUGAAACAUGCAACGAACCAAAACUCUACAGUCUCUGGUUUCCGCCAAAAGACAAUACCCUAGAUGCGCUGCGCACCCGACUCAUCGCCGAAUACCCAACAUCCACCGUCGACGCUUUACUCGCACUGUACUACCCCGACAACAAACUCCCACCUGGCCAAGAAAACUGGGACAGCGAUGCCUUCGGCCAUAUAUACGCCGACAUGCAAGUCUACAAGAUACAGCGGGGGCUCAUCCACUCACUCGUCUCGCAUGGCGUCCCUGAUUCUUCUAUCUACCGCUAUCGCGUAGAAAUGCGCGUGAAAUGCGCGGAGAAGCAAAUCCCAAUUGAAUGGGGCGUUACGCACGCGACGGAUCAUUUUAUUUGGUUCUGGGGGAAUGGGGAGGUUCUUGAAGAGCGGGAGAAGGAGGCUGUUGGGAGGGCGUUGAUUGGGCCGUUGGCGAGGUUUUUGGAUGGGGACGGGGAUAUUGGGUGGGGGACUCAGAGUCAUAGACAGAUGAGGGUGUUGAAGGGGGAUGGGGAGGUGGGGAUUUGGGAGGAUGGGUUCUGGGAUGAGGCGAUGAGGGUUUGGGGUGCUGUGCCGGAGAUUAGGGAUGGAAAGGAGAGUGCUCGGUUGUAGAUAGACAAUGGUCUGUAGUUAGGUUGUUAUGACUGCUACGAUGAGGUUUGCUGA